AUGAAAUAUCUUUUAGGUCCUCUACCGAAGCCUCCGAUCCCGACCUUAGAUCACUCGCUCGAUCGUUACAUUGAAUAUGCUGAAGUGGUGGCUGAAGGACGUCGUCAACCGCUUCAGAGAACGCAACGAGCCGUCUAUGACUUCAGAAAAGCAGGCCUUAUCUACCAAAAAAGGCUGCUUCGGUUGGCUGAAAGCGAAGAGAAUUGGAUCAAUCAAUUCUGGCUACCCGAGAUGUAUCUACGAAUUCGAAUCCCACUACCAGUGAAUGUUAGUCCAGCUUAUAUUUUUCCACAGCAACACUUCGAAGGAGAGGAUGAUUGGCUCAGGUACACGGCGCUUUUGAUAAGGGGUUUCGUGGAAUAUAAGAACAAGAUCGACACAAAGCAAUUGGAACGAGAAAUUUCAACUGGAAAGGAUCAAAGUAAGGGUUCUCCAGCGUUACAGCUGACAUUGCGUUCCCGAGAGCAGUUACUUUCCAGGCAACCCGAGAUUGAUGAAGAUGUGCAUUAUUUGAAAACAAGAAGACAUUCUGAAAACGAACAUGUACUGGUCAUGUCUAGGAACCAGGCAUUUGUGGUGCAUACACGUGUAGGUGGUAAUAUGCUACCGUUUGCCGAUAUUCUGUACCAAUUACGGCAAGUAUUGCGGAUGUCCGAAGCACGAAAAGGGCUCGCUAUAGCCAUUGGAGCUGCUGGAGCCGGUGAUCGCGAUAGAUCAGCUCGCUUCUGGAGCGCUAUGCAAGAGGGUCACGUUGGCGCUGAUGGCUUGGAGCUUCUACGAAAACAAGCUGCAGAGCUUGAUGAACUCACAAGAGAGCUGGACUUGGAAGUGCUGAUAUUUAAUGAUUUCGGACGAAACUUCAUGAAGAAGAAUGGCUUCAGCCCUGAUGGCUUCGUUCAGUUGGCGCUGCAAUUGGCGCACUAUAAGCUCCACGGGUACCUCGUCUCUACGUACGAAUCAGCAUCACUGCGACGAUUCCGAGCUGGAAGAGUGGAUAAUAUUCGAGCGAAUACCAGAGAAGCUCUCCAAUGGGUGAAAGCGAUGACGAAAAACGAGUCUAAGGUGCAUACAGUUCUCCAUAAACAUUCUUCGGAGUCAAGAAACCGUCUGGUUCUCAUGCGACGAGCUGCUGACAAACAGGCGCUGAUAACGCAGGAGAACCUGGUGGGACAUGGUAUUGACAACCAUCUCUGUGCUCUUCUUGUACUGGCGAGGCAAUCUGUGGAGAGCGGAGAAAUCGAAAAGCUGCCAGAUAUCUUUCAGGAUCCUCUAUGGACGGAAGUGUUGCGAUUUCCAUUAUCUACCAGUCAGGUCACGACAUCACCCGAUAUUACCAACUGCUAUCUGUGCUAUGGUGCUGUGGUCCGUGAUGGAUACGGUUGUUCGUAUAACCUCCAAAAUGACACCAUCAUUUUUGCCCCAUCUGCGUUCAAAUCAGAUCCACGAACUAAUCUGGCUGGAUUCAAAGAUUCGAUACGAUCCGCACUUUAUGACAUGAAAAAUCUGCUUGUGAACUGA